AACUCUCUUCUCUCUCUCUUUGCUUGUGAUCAGAGAUGGGUUUGGUGGUGGUGAUCUCUCUGCCUUUGAUUUUCUUCUGCUUGUUGCUUGGUUUCGGAUGUUACUUUCUAGGCCGAGCAAAAGGGAGACAAGACAUACGGACUAAUGCACAGAUAUUCGGUGUGCCCACGCCGCCACCUGGUAGUGGUGCAGCUCAUUCGCCAUCAUCACUGCAGCCGGUUUUCAAACCUGAAAAUACCACCAAUGUUUGAUUAGUAAUCAGAUCUAAGUUCAAUUCUUCACUGUACUGCUGUUUGUGACUUUGUGUAUGUAAAUUCUGUACUAUGAGUUUAAACUUCAAUACUCUAUGGGUGAAUCAUUUUUCCAGUUA